GGAACGACAGCGCGCCAGGGACCCCAGCCUCCACUUCCGGGAGAGGAGGAGCAGUGGGCGGGAAGGGGCGGGCCCUGGAGCUUGGCCCGCCCCUCCCCUUGGGGGUGGUGCCGCGCCACGCCUCUGUGGCGUCACGGCUCCGUCGCCUCCGCCCCCGCCCCCGCCCCACGUGCGGUCGACGCUGUGAGACGUCGCCACCUGUGACGUCGGAGGGCCGCCCAGCAGGGUUUCCCGGGAAGACAGCCCGGGUUCUGCACCUGCGUGGUGCUGACCCUGGAUCCCUCCUCACCGCGCACUGGCUCCCUGCGCCGCCGGCUGGACGCUGAGAUGCCGGGCCUCUCCGCCCGGGGCCUCUCUCUCGAGGAGAGGAGGCAGCUAGCUGUGAACCUCACCCGUGUCCUGGCGCUCUACCGUUCCAUCCUGGACGCCUACAUCAUCGAGUUUUUCACAGACAACCUGUGGGGCACACUCCCUUGCUCAUGGCAGGAAGCCUUGGAUGGAUUAGACCCACCACAGCUGGCCACAUUGCUGCUGGGGAUGCCUAGGGAAGGGGAGGUGGCCAGGUACAGGUCAGUGUGGCCACUCACCCUACUGGCCCUGAAGUCCACAGCCUAUGCUCUGGCCUUCACCCGGACACCUGGCUUCCAGACCCCCUCAGAGUUCCUGGAGAACCCCAGCCAGAGCUCCCGACUAACAGCUCCAUUCCGGAAACAUGUCAGGCCUAAAAAGCAGCAUGAGAUCCGGAGGCUGGGAGAGUUGGUGAAGAAGCUGAGCGACCUUACAGGCUGUACCCAGGUCGUGGAUGUGGGCUCAGGCCAGGGCCAUCUGUCGCGCUUCAUGGCUCUGGGGCUGGGACUGACGGUGAAGAGCAUUGAGGGGGAUCAGAGACUGGUGGAGAGAGCCCAGCGCCUGGACCAGGAGCUCCUGCAAGCACUGGAGAAAGAGGAGAGGAGGAACCCACAGGUCAGAAGCGGCCCUCGCCACUGCCCUCACCACGUGGUCAGGUGGGUCGACCCCACGGCCCUGUGCGAGGAGCUUCUGCGUCCGCUGGAGAAGCCGGCUCGCGGUGGAGCCCGCCUGCUGCUGACAGGCCUGCACGCGUGCGGGGAUCUGAGCGCCACCCUGCUCAGGCACUUCUGCCGCUGCCCAGAGGUGGUGGCCCUGGCCUCCGUGGGCUGCUGCUACAUGAAGCUGAGCGACCCGGGCGGCUACCCGCUGAGUCAGUGGGUGGCUGGGCUGCCUGGCCACAUGCUGCCCUACAGGCUACGUGAGGGGGCCUGCCAUGCCCUGGAGGAGUAUGCUGUGCGGCUGCAGAGAGCCGGCCCCGGCCUCCGAACCCACUGCUACCGUGCGGCCCUGGAGACGGUCAUCCGACGUGCCCGGCCAGAGCUCCGGCGGCCAGGCGUGCAGGGCAUCCCCAGGGUCCACGAGCUCAAGAUUGAAGAAUACGUGCAAAGGGGACUACAGCGAGUAGGCCUGGACCCCCAGCUGCCGCUGAACCUGGCUGCCCUUCAAGCCCACCAGGCCCAGGAGAACCGCGUGGUCGCCUUCUUCAGCCUGGCCCUGCUGCUGGCCCCACUGGUGGAGACGCUGAUCCUGCUGGACCGGCUGCUCUACCUUCAGGAGCACGGCUUCCAUGCUGAGCUCCUGCCCAUCUUCAGCCCUGAGCUGUCUCCCAGAAACCUGGUGCUGGUGGCCACCAAGAUGCCCCUGGGGCAGGCUUUCUCUGUCUUGGAGACUGAAGACAGCUGACAUGUGCAGUCCCUCGGGAAAGCACCUGGAUGCUGGCGUGGCCCAGCUCCCCGCCUCCUCCCGGAAUCCUGCUGCCCCUCAGCUUGUGUGUGAUGUCAUAGUGUGUAAAAUCUUGUUUUUAAGUUAUUAAAAAGUA